UUAUUUUGUGUAGCUUUGUUUUUUUCCCGUCCAAAUGACAGCUUCUCAAUUCAGACUUCUCCUGUUAUAGUUACCUGUAAGUCAGUGGGGCCCUCUGUUCUGCACAAUGACGGCCGCGGUUGUGUUUUCUGCCGUGACGUUGGUGCUGCUGUCUUGCCCACCAGCAGCCGUGUCUUCCCGCAGGGAUGUGGUCGAGCUCGGAGACGCAGACUUCGACUACCUGGCGACCGAGCAUGAAACCAUGCUUGUGAAAUUUUACGCUCCAUGGUGUGGUCACUGUAAGAAACUGGCCCCAGAAUUUGAAAAAGCAGCAAAAAAACUGAAAGGAAUUGUUAAAUUAGCAAAGGUGGACUGCACUGCAAACUCAGAGACGUGUGGUCGUUUUGGAGUCACCGGUUAUCCCACCUUAAAGAUCUUUAGGUACGGCAAAGACUCUGCCUCAUAUGAUGGACCUCGCACUGCAGACGGGAUCUAUGAGGUCAUGAGGAGGCAGACGGGUCCAGACUCGGUUCAUCUGAAGAGUAAGGAGGAUCUCCAGGCCUUCGUCAACAACUACGAUGCCAGCAUUGUUGGUGUUUUUCCCAGCUCUGAAGGCUCACGUCUGCCUGAAUUCCUGAAGGCAGCCGGUCUGUUAAGAGAUCAGUUCAGGUUUGCUCACAUUACUGACCUGCAGGUAGCUGAUGACCAUAAUGUGGACUCAGAGUGUGUGUUACUGUUCAGACCUCCGCGGCUGGCCAGUGCCUUUGAAGAUAGCGUCGUUGUCUUCAAAGAUUAUCUGACCAUCAGUUCUUUGAGGCGCUUCCUCAGAGAUCACCUCUACGGUCUGUGUCCUCACAUGACGUUGGAGAACAGAGAUCGUCUGAGGGUGCGUGACCUGCUCACGGCGUACUACGACUUGGAUUAUCAGCACAAUGUGCGAGGCUCCAACUACUGGAGGAAUAGAGUAAUGAAAGUUGCAUCCAAAUAUGCUGGGCGGAGCCUGAUGUUCUCCGUAGCCAAUAAGAAAGACUUCUUGAUGGAGCUGGAGGAGGACUAUGACCUGGGCACGUCAGAUGCCGGCGAUAUGCCAUUUGUCACCAUCAGGACCAAGCUGGGUCAGAAAUAUGUCAUGAGGGAGGAGUUCACGAGGGACGGUCAGUCGCUAGAGAGGUUUCUGGAAGAUUAUUUCGCCGGUCGUCUCAAACAGUACAUAAAAUCAGAGCCCAUACCCGAGAAGAACUCUGCUGCUGUUAAGGUGGUUGUUGCCGAGUCCUUCAAUGAAAUCGUGAACGAUCCAGAUAAAGACGUCCUGAUUCAGUUUUAUUCUCCAUCGUGUCCACAUUGCAAAAAACUGGAGCCAAUCUACAGAGAAUUAGCUGAAACGCUGUAUUCCGAUCCUCACACUGUGAUCGCCAAGAUGAACGCUGUUGACAACGACAUCCCGCUGGGUUAUGACGUUCAAGGGUAUCCCACAAUCUAUUUGGCUCCAGCAGGUAGAAAGGAUAAUCCUAUUCGAUACCAGGGUCCACGAGAGCUCAAGGAAUUCCUAAAUUUCCUGAAGCGGGAGUCGAGUCACAAACUCAUGUCCAGCGGCUCCAGAGAUGAACUCUGAUUCAACGGCUCGGUAACUGACUUGCAGAAGACGGAGCUUCUUUUUGGGUUUGUACAGGAACCGCUAGAACAUCUGGACCCGGACCAGGACUGCAAGAAGACGAACUUCGUUCCAUCGGUUUCAUUUGCCAACAGCAGUUUUCUUCCAACGAUUAUCCUACCACCUAUUUGUAUUCAUGUCAUCUAUGCAUUUCAAGUAAACUGUUUUAUUUAUUUGCAUUUUUA